AUGGCGUCGUCGCCCGCGAGCAGCUACGACUGCUCCUUCAAGGUCCUGCUCAUCGGGGACUCGGCCGUCGGCAAGAGCAGCCUCCUCGUCAGCUUCGUCUCCGCCGCCCACAUCGACGAUGACAUCGCGCCAACCAUAGAACAAAAAUCGAUGUUCACGCUGUGGUGGCUGAGCAGUAAAAAGCCGGCCCAGUCUGCACGGAAAGCCGGCGGCAAUGCUCGGUCGCGCCGGGCUGUCCAAUCGAAGGGGCCGUGCCCGUGUUCGCUGCGGAACCUCGCUAUCCUCGCCGUGGUAGCAUGGACCUUCUUCCUCUACCUAGACUUCUCGGUGAUCAGCGGCACGGCGGAGGUGAGCAACUGCGGUGACCCGUGCCGGGGACGGUACAUCUACGUCUACGACCUGCCGCCGCGCUUCAACACCGACAUCAUCCGCGACUGCCGCGAGGCCGGGGGCCGCUGGGGCGACAUGUGCGCGUUCCUGAGCAACGCCGGCCUUGGCCGCCCCCCUCACCGACGACGGCACGGACGGCGGCGAAGCUGGGUGUGCCUGACCAACCGCUCCGCUGUGGCCUCCGCCGUGUUCGUCCCGUUCUACGCCGGCUUCGACUUUCUCCGCUACCAGCGGGGCUACGACAAGGCCACCAGGGACGCCGCGUCGGCGGACCUGUCGUUUUGGCUCACGGUACAGCCCCAGUGGCGGCGCAUGGCGGGGCGCGACCACUUCCUCGUCGCCGGCCGAACAGGGUGGGACUUCCGGAGGAGCGGCGGCGGCGGCGGCGACGCGAACCCUGACCGGGGCAACGGCCUCCUCCUCAAGCCGGCCGGCCGAAACAUGUCUCUGCUCGUGCUGGAGUCCACGCUAGAACACGGCAGCGACUUCUCGGUGCCGUACCCGACCUACUUCCACCCCAGGUCGGACGCCGACGUGCUCCGGUGGCAGGACAGGGUGCGCGGCCAGCACCGGACGUGGCUCAUGGCGUUCGUGGGCGCGCCGCGCCCGGACGUUCCGCCGAGGAUCCAGGUCCGGGAACGCGUGAUCGCGCAGUGCAAGGCGUCCAGCGUCUGCGCCAUGCCGGGGUGCGCGCGCAGCUCCGGCAGUGCCCAGUGCCACAGCCCCGCCGACAUUAUGCGUCUAUUCCAGAAGGCCACCUUCUACCUGCAACCACCUGGCGGCGACGACUACUACUCCCGCACGCGACGGUCGGUAUUCGACUCGAUGGUGGCCGGCUGCAUCCCGGUGUUCUUCCACACGGGGACGGCGUACGAGCAGUACCCGUGGCAUCUCCCCGAGGACGGCCACCUCAAGUACUCGGUGUUCAUCCCGGACGCUGACGUGAGGCGGCGCAAUGUGAGCGUCGAGGCCGUGCUCCGGAAGAUCCCUCCGGCCACGGUGGAGCGGAUGCAGGAGGAGGUGAUCAUGCUCAUCCCGACUUUGUUGUACGCCGACCCCAGGUCCAAGCUGGAGACGAUCAAGGACGCGGUCGACGUCGCCAUUGACGGGAUCCUAGACACGGUGGCGCGGAUCAAGAACGGCGAGCAAGUCAAUUGUGGCGGGCCGGUGGCCACGGAUCCACCGAACCUUUUCGCCGCGACAGCAUCAAGGAUCGCGCCGAAUGGAUCGGUGCGAGCAGUUGACCAGCAUCGGUAA